GUUUAUACAAUUUAUAUAUUAUAAGUACAUCAAAAUAAGUAGAAUAAAGAGAUGUUUGAUAUUCGUGAUAAAGUUGCCCUAAUUACUGGUGGCGCCUCAGGUUUAGGAUUAAGUUAUGCAAAGGAACUGUUGCGCAAUGGGAUUAAGGCUGUGACAAUAUCAGAUAUAGACGAUAAAGCAGCGGAAGUUGCAUUAGCUGAAAUUGAAAACGAAUUUGGAAACGGAAAGGCAAUAUUUAUUAAGACGGAUGUGUCAAGUAAAAGCGAUUUUGAAGCAGCGUUCAUAAGAACUGUUGAACUUUUCAAGAAUGUCGAUAUACUGAUUAACAACGCUGGUAUAUAUAACGAUUUGCAGUGGGAAAAAGAAGUGGAUGUGAAUAUAAGAGGAACCAUUAACGGAAUUAUUCUAGGCCUGGAGCUGUAUCUCAAAAAAUAUAAACAAGGAGAUGAAGCUGUUAUCCUGAAUACAUCUUCAAUUGCUGGUAUUAGGCCUGGUCCUUGGAUGCCCAUUUACGGUGCCACUAAAUUUGCUAUAGUAGGUAUGACGCUCUCUUGGGGCGAUGAAUUCCAUUUCCAAAGAACCAAAGUGAGAGUUCUAGCUAUUUGCCCAGGAGGUACACAUACAUCCUUAUUCAGAGUGGAACAAUGUGCUUUACAUCCGGAUUAUAUGGAAGCGCAAAAAAUGGCAAGCGAAAAAACUGGACCUGCUAACAGACAAAGCUCUGAUUUCGUCGCAGUAGAAGGCGUUAAACUUUUAAAAUAUGCACAUAACGGAUCACUAUGGGUUGUUGAAUCUGGAAAGCCAGCCUAUGAAUAUGUAUUUCCUGUAAGAGAUAGUUUUAAAAAUAACGUCGUAAAGGAAGUUUAAAUUUGAUCUAAACUAUUUGUAUUACAACUUUUAAAACUAAAUUGAAUGAUUCGGAACCACAUUAUUUUCUGAAAAGUUUCUGAUCUCAUCUUGAUGAUAUCAGCACUUAUCAAGAAAAGUUGAGAAAUAUAUUUGUGCAUGUUUUAUGAUAUUCUGACUAAAAUUUCAGGCAUUCUAGAUGCUUAGUUUUUAUCCGACAAUCAUAUAAAUGAGUUUUGUGAGAUUUUUCUGAAAAUAAAUAAAAGGGAAUCAAUCUGUCAUCAAACUUUUAUUUAUAAAAAACACACAAAUGAAAGAGGAAUUAGACACUGUCUACGGACACUCUGCACCAUUAUUUCGGACCGUAAAAUUUUGGUCAGCUGAGAGACGUGCCCGUAACCAUAGAUGAACCACAUCUUUUAGCAAACUCGAGUUCUCAUUUCAGCGCCAUCUCUUGAUUCAUGAGCACUACACGUACAUGAAUUGAAUUUUGGCGGCAUACUUCAAAUUCAAAUCUUUCGUCCAGUUAUUUUUCGAAACAGUUAAAUGGAAUUGUAUCAACCAAAACUAUCACAUCAUUUUGGUUGAUACAACUCCAUUGAAAUGUUUGGAAAAAAACUGGACGAAAGUUGGUCUUAAAUAUUCUCUAAUUUCAAUUAUGGGGAGAAUGGGGCUUCUGAAAUGAAACAAGAAAAUGAGACAAACCACAGUUUUUUAUUAUAUUCGAAAAAAUACAAAAUAAGCAUAUAGAUAAAUACAUGUACGUAUGUAUUUAUAAGAAUCAUCAUAUGUCAUCAUGUAGAGAAUGUGGAUAGAGGUUUCGUUCUCUGCACAACAAAAUCUGCAGGCUUCAUUAUCUAACGUCUUCAGAUGUCUAUCAUUAUAAAACUACCACUAUACCGUUUUUUGUAUUUUUUUGAGUGUUUGUAUCUCAUUAUAAACAAGAAAUCACCAUCUUUUAAUCUUUCAUCUAUACCUUUCAAAACUCUAUCAAAAUUUUUUAUAUAAUUGAAUAAAAUUAUCUUUAUUUAAUAUUUAACAAAUCAGUUUGCUUUUCAAACGAAUUAUGGUUAUCACAAAAAAGAAAUUUAUAGUUGUUACAUGCUUUAACUUUUGAUAGUCCUACUGGAAGGUCUGGUACUUCAUCCACAGCUUGAAUAGUUGAGGGAUAAGGCACAAAUGCAGUUUCUGUGAUAGAAAAAAAAAAAAGAAAAUGCAGUAUGCUUCUUAGACAACAGUUACAUGUGUUAAAAUUUAAAAUUUUACAUUAAACUUAUCUGAGGGCGUAUUGAAGCACUCACAAGUAUGUUGACAAAUAUUUUGGGAAAUCUAAAAGAUCCCUAAAGUUCGUUCGAACAAUGAUGAACUAUCUGAGAAUAUAUUUCUUGAACUACUAUAAUUUUACCUGGCAAAUUAUAGCAAACCUAAACUAAAAGUUAGGAAACUCUCUCUUAAUAGCAAAGAAACAGUUCAGUAUUUGAAAAACAAAUUUGAAAGUAUUGAAUUUUUUUAUAGACAAUUUUUGUUUGAUUAUCUCUCUCUUGACCACGUUAGAGUGGUACCACUGUCUUUGUUUUGCAAUCUAUCGAAUGAACACAACAAUUUCGUUCUCCACAGAGCUGAUGUUCAAGAUUCUUCGGUGUCUUCUAAUUGACGUAUAGUUCUUGAUUUUUCCUCUCGAACUGAUACUGGUUUUCCUCGUAACGAUGCUGAAAGAAUAAGUAUGAUAAAAAUCAAUCCCCCUUAGCGUCAUUUGCAAAAUGUAUUUUAGCAUGAGUCCUUUCGUUUAGAUGUAUGCAUUUUUGCAACUUAGUUUUGGCCAAUCUAGUACUCCUGUUCUCGCUACCAGAGUGUUAAAGGACAUCCUAAAGGACAAUAAUCCCUCAUUCUCUCUCGUUAGUACCGCAAUUCUCUCACAUAAAUAUAUGAACGGCAUCAUUAGCAGAGUCUCUAAAUACAAUCAAUUAGAAACCCUUUAUGUUGAGUUAACCUUUAACCGCUACCUAGCGGUAUCUCAUCCCGCCGGUGUUGAAUUUCCCGCCUUUCAAGUUUCCGUUGAUGCGUACAUUAGUAGCGCGCUGGCGGUCAAUGGAAUAGCGAUUUUUUGAGACAUACCGGGGAGUAACGUAGGUGUUGGAAUUUUUGUUAUUGUUUUUUAUUUCUCGUUUUUUUAGGGUUUUUCUUUUAUAAAGAUGUCACUCACAGAGGGCGGGGCCAUCGUCGAUGCAUCCGGAUUAUCCAAAAUUUGAGGAAUGGUACUUGAAUUAACUAGAAGAAGACUAUAAUUUCAUAAGCGAUGAGGAUGAAAGUUACGUCUCUGAAAGUGAGCAUGAUACAGAAUCGGAGUAAUCCGAUGGUCAAAACAACCACCUUCAGCUAAUUCUAGAACAAGAAGUCACAACU